CGAAAUAAAUUUAGUUUCAUUUCAAAAUUCGACAUGAAAGCAUUGUGGUUCGUUUUCAUAUUUUUCAAUAUUUUAUUUUCACAAUGUAUUGCUCAAAUAAAAACCGCCGAAGAAAACAAUGAAGAAGAUCCCGAUCCCGGUGUCCCAGUGGUGCAAACAUCGCUGGGGAAAAUUCGAGGCAAAAUGUUGACAACCCUGUAUGGCAAAUUGUUUUAUGCCUACCGGGGUAUACGCUACGCCAAGGCACCGGUGGAUGAUUUAAGAUUUAAAGCCCCCAUCCCUGUUGAACCUUGGAAUGAUACCCUGAAAGCCACCUCUGACAGUUUGGUGUGUCCCCAGCCCGGAGUUUUGCAAGUGGUUAUGAGUGAAGAUUGUCUAAAAUUGAAUGUUUUCACUAAAAAUGUAACGGCCCGCUUGCCGGUGAUGGUCUACAUUCAUGGUGGGGCCAAUGUCUUGGGUAGUGGCCACAGUUUGUACGAGGCUGGACCCCAAUAUCUGCUUGAUCAUGAUGUGGUCAUGGUGGCAUUUAAUUAUCGUUUGGGAGCCCUGGGUUUCCUUAGUACCCAAACAGCGGAAUAUCCUGGAAAUUAUGGUUAUCUGGACCAAGUACUGGCCCUGCAAUGGGUGAGUGAUCAUAUUUCGCAUUUUGGUGGUGAUCCUGAGUCGGUGACCAUUUUUGGUAUGAGUGCUGGUUCCAUGGCAGUUUCAUUGCAUCUGGCGUCGCCACUAUCGAAAGGGCUCUUCCACAAAGCCAUACUCAUGAGUGGCUCGGCAACCAAUCAUUAUGACAUCGAUAACAUCUAUUGGACCAGGAAAUUGGCCAAGGAACUGUCGUGUCCACAAUACCAUCCCAGCGAUAUAGUGGAAUGUCUGAGGGAAAUUAGCUGGAAGACAAUUGUAAAUAAAUGUGCCGAAUGGGAACCCUAUUCCUUUGUCAAUAUGAAAUGGAACUAUGAAGUUGAUGGGAAGUUCUUGCCCGAACAUCCCAGCAAACUGUUUGCUGAGGGUAAAUUCAAUAAGGUGCCAAUGAUUGUAGGCUUUGCAGGCAAUGAAUUGGAUUUUUCGGUGCAGCAUCAGGAGAACAACACCCGUUUGCUGCAUGACUUGGCUGUAAGUUUUGAUAUGUAUGCCCCGGAAAUAUUUCUCUAUAAGCCAGAAUCGUCGAAUUUAACUCCAGAUCAAUUGAAAAGUAAACGCAUUUGGAAUUUUUAUAUGGGUUCGGAAACUAAGGAGCUAAAUGUAUCAAACUUGCAUACGUUUGGAGAAAUAUUCUCUGAUGCCAUCUUGGGCCAUGGCAUUCAUCGUUUGGUCAGCCUUGCCAAUAAAGAUACUCCGGUGUAUUAUUAUAGGACCGACUAUGUGGGCCAUCGAAGUUUAUAUCCCGAUAAUUAUGGACAAUCACAGGGUGUUGGUCAUGCCGAUGAUUUACAAUAUGUAAUGCCUGGCCUAUGGUAUGGCACACAAAUGUCCGAGGAUAAUCCCGAUAUAUUUAUGGUUAAACGCAUGACCCAGCUAUGGACCACAUUUGCCACAACUGGAAAACCCACAGCCGAUGAUGUUAAAGAAUGGUCACCAGUUGGCGAUAGUAAUUUGGCAAUACUUUACAAUGGCAAAUCCGCCGAGAUGGGCCAAUGGCCAUAUACGGAACGUUAUCAACUAUGGGACGAAAUGUUUCCAAUUGAAAAGAGUGGCGUUGGGUGCCACUUGCCCAUUAUGGGGAUAAUUACAAUAUUAGUGUUAAGCAUUUGGAAAUUAAGUUAAUGUUUUUUGAGUUCACUAUUUAUUUUGGGUAAGAUAAGAAGGUGGUGUUGCUGUUUCCACUGCGCCAGGAGACAUUAAUUGCCAUUAAGAUUAAAUAAAAUGUUCUGCCGUUGGUUUUU